AUGACUAAGGCCAGAGAAUUUGGUGAUGAAGAACUUCGGGGUCACUCCCGGGAAGCGUGCAUGUGCUCUGCCAUAGACUUGGCAGUUUUAGAAGAAGUAAGUCAAAUAUGUCAACAAGUAAGCAAGAAGCUAUUGGAAAGAAAGGCAGAAGCAGCCUCUGACAGUGAAUAUGCAGGUCUCCUGUUAGGCAAUGGAAAGCGGCAUGUACCACCUGGAAAGACACUCCAGGCUCCAUUAAGCCGAAUUCUACCCGUCCCUCUGACACAGGCACCUCAAAAGCUCACAGCUCUCUGCAAGCAGUUCUUCGUGCGGGCGCCGCCGCUCUGCUCCGCGUGCUGCGGUGGGUCCUGUCAGCACCCGGCCUCCCCCACUGCUUUUCCAAGAGAGGAAAGUGUCCUGCCUCUUCUGACCCAGGAGUCUAGCUCAAAAGCCCGGAGAGGUAUAUUAAGAAGAGCAGUGUUUUCUGAAGACCAGAGGAAGGCUUUGGAGAAGAUGUUUCAGAAACAGAAGUACAUCAGUAAAACAGACAGGAAGAAACUGGCCAUUAACCUGGGUCUAAAGGAGUCACAGGUGAAAAUUUGGUUUCAGAACCGAAGGAUGAAAUGGCGAAACUCCAAAGAAAAAGAAGUGCUUUCAAACAGGUGCCUCCAAGAAGAGAGUCUUCAGGAGAACUACCUCUCAAGAUCCACCGUGAAUUUUCCCUCCCCAUGCCCUUCUGUGUGGGAAGUGUCUCAGGAGCAGGCAAGUACAAGGUGGAGGGAGAACUCCCCAGGAACUUCCGAAAGACUCCUUAGCACACAGCCACCUCCAAGAGCAAACUCCUCACAGAGCCCACUCUAUCUGUAUCCUGACCAAGACACUGCACAUAAGGCAGUCACAUCGUCAACCUAAGCAAAUGAAGAGGCAAUUUGCAAACGGAGUGAAGAGCACAGGCUUCAGAUGGUGAUCUUCUAAGACUAACAGUAUUUGGACACUGUAAAGCUAACUAGUUUGUAUUUGGACACUGUAAAGCUCACUAGUUUAUGCCUCAUCAGUUUUCUAAAGCCUAACACCAUUAAAAUGUCAAACAACUAACGAUUUAAGAAAUAUUCUUGAUACUCUGCCUUUUCUUCUGUCUUUUCCAGUCUUAUACUGACCUUAAAAGUGAAAUAGGAACUGAUGGUAGAUAAAAUGAAGUGAAGAGCAUGGAACUGAAAUUUUGCUCUGAUUUAUACAUCUGUGCUGUAUAUAGAUAUCCAUUAAAACAUAGAGUGAUAGAGACUCACUUUUAUCUCUCAUUGCAGUCAGACCAAUUGACUUGUUUUGCACACAGGAAUAACUGUAUCUACCCCACGAUAAUUUGCUUUGGGCGUAUUAUUGAAAUUGAUAAAAUGACACAAUAGGUUCAUGUUAGAUGAACAUAAAAAUUUUUAGUAUAUUUUCUCCAUCUGUCUUCACUUAUUACCAGUUAGUUCUAAAUAGCCUGGCUGCAAGUCAGCCCAUUACCAUAGUAAAGUUGCAUUAGAAGACAAAUCAAUGAACCAAUCUUAAUAAAAUAACUGGCAUUUAAAUUACUUUGAUUUAAAUGAAUACUGAGACAUGCAAUUCCCAGGUCCUUUCUUUACUCCCCUGGAUGAAAUUUCCAGCAUUCGUAACUCUGAAUUUCAGUGGCCUUUGUCAGAUAUUAGUGGAAUCUCUUGUAUACUGUUCUGUGUCUCAAAAUUGUGAUGGUGAUAUGUGGAAUUAUAACCCAAAUGGAACAAGUAACAGAACUAUAACUGGACACAUUGCCACCAUAGCCCUCUUGGAGAAGAACUUGAAGAGAGGCCACGCUGUAGUAGUCUUAUCCCUGACUUACUGCUAUUUAAGCA